AUGGCUGCAGGCAUCUCCAUGAGCAAGACGGCCGAGUCAUCCAGGGAAAGCAGCGCCGAUUGGCUGGGCCUCAUGAAUGUGAUUCCCGCCAGGCUACGCAACUCACUCGUGCUCGGGACGGUCGCGUAUGACUUCUACAAUGAAGAUUCGUACGAAAUGACCAACCCUGGGGUCUAUGCAAUCGGCAUCGCGAUCAAAGGAAGAAAGGGCGAGUUCCUCACCGUCGCGGGAAUCGAGAAGGUGUCCCAGUGCAUGGUAGAUUACUGCCAGGUCUGGAAGACGUGGGAGGCACGUAGUGGCGACUGGUCACAGAUGACGGUGCCGGAGCGCCAAUACAUGGCCCACGCCGCAGCGGUAGACUCAGUUUACCGGGGUGUGAACAAAGAUAUGACGCCACGGUUCGUGGGCGGCCCUGCCAUUUAUGAAAAGACCAUGAUGUAUAUCUCGUGGCUGCAGAAAAGGGCCGAGCGGGGACAGGCAUUCGACGAAACCAAGGCGGUGUCGCAGCGCCAGUCCCCGAUAUACGUUGGAUGCACCGGCGAGUCCAUUGCCUCUGCAUCCGCCCACCAUGAUCCGAAGGGCGGAUUGUGUAAUUCGAGCCCGUUGCUUGCGCUGACACUGAGGUGCAUCAAGCACGAGUUUCCAAACUUGGAGCCAGAGGUCAUCGCAAAAUGCGUUGUGCCGGCCUGGCGUGCUGAACAUGUUCCGCUUGGUGAUCACCUUGUGACCAUCCUUGCAAGCUCGAUGUUCUACCAAGGUAGGCUGAACAUCGACCAGCCCGGCGAUGGCAUCGAGGCCGAGCUCGCCAAGCUCAAGGAAUUCGCUGAGAGGGACCUGUAUACGGAGUAUCGAGUGGCGUUCGAGAAGGAGGUUGAGAAAUUCCAGGCCCUUAAGAAGCAGUACGAUGAGGCCAAUGAGUGGCUAUAUGUAGUCCGAGACGCCCGACGAGCUCUCCAGGCCUACAAUGCAGAAGUCGCGGGUAGCAGGAACGUUGAGGUACUGCGCAGCCCGGAUAUCUCGUCCUUUGCUGAAGAAGAACAAUAGCUUGCGGAUUCCGUAAAAUUAGCCUAG